AUGCGCCUCGCCCACCUCCACCUCCCAAACCUAACGCCCUUCACCCGCGUCUCCGACCUCCAACAAACCCUCACCACCCGCCUGCUCACACACAAGAAGCUCUCCUCGCCUGGCUCCAUACCCUCGCAAGAACACGUCCACCCACCAACACCACCACCUCCAGCCCCAGACCCAACAAUCAUAACCUUCACCCCGAACCCGGUCUACACAACUGGCCGCCGUGACCUGCCCCCGUCAAACACAAGCCCUUCCUCCUCCGCAACACCGCGCCCAGCAACAAGCACAAAACUCUCUCUCCCCCCAUCCCUCGAACCAAUCCGCUCCCUCCUCACUCCUCCAGCUUCAAACAAUACAAACAACCGCAAUAGCCAGGACCAUGGCUCCCCAAGGGCAGAGUACCACCCCACCCUCCGCGGCGGCCAAACAACAUACCACGGACCAGGCCAAAUGGUCGCGUACACGAUCCUCGAUCUGAAACGCCUGGGUCUCACGCCGCGGUGCCAUAUCCGCGUGCUGGAGAAUAGCGUCAUUGACCUGCUAGCGGAGUAUGGGGUGAAGGGGUUUGUCACGGAGGAUCCCGGGGUUUGGGUGCAUGAUUCAGCGUCAGCUGGAGAUCAGGAUCAGGAGCAGGCGAAGAAGAUUACGGCUGUGGGGGUACAUCUCCGACGGAAUAUUAGUAGCUUUGGCGUUGGGUUGAAUGUUACCAAUGAGCCCAUGUGGUUCUUUAGGCAGAUUGUUGCGUGUGGGCUUGAGGGGCGCGAGGUUACAAGUUUGGCCGGCUUGGGGGUCAAGGGUGUUGGGGUUGAUGAGGUUGCGAGUGCGUUUGUGAGGUGUUUUGUCGAUAGGGUCAAUCGUGAUUUUUCAUGUUCGCUUAGUGGUGGUUUGGGGGAGAAGAUUGACGAGGUUUAUCAGGUUACCGAGGAGGAUUUGUUUGGUUCUUGA